GGCACUUUGGUCAUUUCAAGCUCCACAGUUUUUGCCGUGCCAAAAAAAUAAAUAAAUAAAAUAACGAACAACUGAACACAAGCAGGGAGACCUCAGUUCCUAAUCUGAAUCUGUUCUCCGGUUCUUGUUCUUUUCGUGGGAGAUCAAUUAGUUAAUCUUUGAUACCAGUUCCUGUUUCUUACAGUUGAGUAAGUUUGAUAGCAUCUCUUCUUAUUCAGCGCCGAACGCAAAAUGAUUACAAACUUCAAUGGAUUUGGCGUUGGCCUUGGUUUUGGUGUUGGUUGCGGCUUCGGAGUUGGAUGGGGUUUUGGAGGGAUGCCUUUGAGUCUCUUUGGGCUUGGUGCAGGUGGUGGCUGUGGGGUUGGCUUUGGCCUUGGAUGGGGCUUUGGGUCUGCCUAUGGUAGCCAGUACAGAUCGUCUAGGGUCACAUUCCAAGGCUUAGAAUUUGGCAAAGAGGACCGAACUAAGGAUGGUGAGUUCAAAGUAAUACCAAAAAGCAGCAAGGAAAUUCGUGAGUCACAGUAAUCUUUUCAGUUUGGAGAUGAAUUAAGAUCUGUAACCAAUGAAGUAUGAAUUAGAGAAAUGUCACAGUUUAGUGCAUUAUCCACAAGUUUUUGCCUGCAAACAGUCAUAUUGAACAGGGUACAUCCUGGAUUUACUUUUGUAUUUGAGAUGUUUAAGGUUCAGUUUGGAGUAAUGUAAGUUCAGCGAGAGGAAUCAAUGAAAUUGAGUGGAGUUUCUUUUACGAAGUGAAAUUCCAUCCA